GCGGCGGUUCCGCGGCGGAGGCCCAGGGCAGCGGCGGCGGCGGCGGGAGGCGCUCCCGGAGGCGGCCAUGGACGUGACCGGGCCCGAGACGGACUGGCGCAGCACCAACUUCCGCCAGAAGCUCGUCAGCCAGAUUGAUGAAGCUAUGAGAAAAGCUGGUGUUGCCCAUAAUAAAUCCAGCAAAGACAUGGAGAGCCAUGUGUUUAUGAAGGCAAAAACAAGGGAGGAAUAUCUUUCUCUUGUGGCCAGACUUAUUAUCCAUUUCCGAGAUAUUCACAAUAAGAAAUCUCAAGCUUCAGUCAGUGAUCCGAUGAACGCCCUGCAGAACCUGACCGGGGGUCCCGCGGCGGGGGCGCCCGGGAUGGCCAUGGCCUCCCGAGCCCAGGGAGCACCCAUGAGUGGGAUGGCAGGCCUUGGCCCCAUGGCACAGCAGAUGAGUCUCCCCGGGCAGCAGCAGCCUCCUGGAGCCUCGGGAAUGGCCCCUCAUGGCAUGCCUGGUGUCUCCACAGCCACUCAGCAGACCCAGCUUCAGCUUCAGCAGAUAGCUCAGCAGCAGCAGCAGCAGCAGCAGCAAUUCCAGCAGCAGCAGGUGGCCCUGCAGCAGCAGCAGCAGUUCCAGGCCCAGCAGUCAGCCAUGCAGCAGCAGUUCCAGGUGCAGCAGCAGCAGGCGGCGGCCGCUGCGGUGGCGCAGCAGCAGCAGCAGCAACAGCAGCAGCUGCAGGCUGUGCAGCAGCAGCAGCAGCACAUGCUCAAACUGCAGAUGCAGCAGCAGCAAAACCAACAGCAGAUGCAACAGCAGCAGCAGCAGCAGCAGCUGCAGAGGAUUGCUCAAAUGCAGCAGCUGCAGGCAGCACAGGUCAUGCAGGCACAGCAGCAGCAGCAACAGCAGCAGCAGCAGCAACAGCAGCAAAUACCACAGCAACAGAUACAGCAGCAGCCACCUCAGCAAGUCAUGCAACAGCAGAUGCAACAGAUGCAGCAGCAACAACAGCAGCAACAGCAGCAGCAACAGCAACAACAACAGGUGGCUCAGGCACAACAGCCUCAACUUCCACCACAGUCCCAGCCUCAGCCCCAGCCCAUGGUAUCUCAGCCUCAGGCAAUCUCAGGACAGAUUCCCAGUCAGGUUAUGCCUGUCACUCUCACACCACAGCAGUUAAAAGCUAUGCAGGUAAGAGCUCAGCUGGUGCAGCAGCAGCAGCAGGCAGCAGCAGCAGUGCAAGCAGCUCAGGCCCAGGCUGCUCAGAUGGGAGCUUCAGGGCAGAUGAUCAGCGCACCCAUGGCCCGAGGUGGGAUGCAAAUCAGACCACGGUUCCCGCCUACCCCCGCGGUGCCUGCUGCUCCUCCAAGCUCCGUGCCCUUGGGCGGACAGCCAAUGCCACAGGUCAGCCAGAACAACAUGCCCAUGAUGUCAUCCCCGUCCCCAGUGCAGCAAGCCCCCACGCCGCAGUCGAUGCCGCCGCCGCCGCAGCCGCAGCCGUCCCCGCAGCCGGGCCAGCCAACGUCCCAGCCAAACUCCAACGUCAGCUCUGGCCCUGCUCCAUCACCCAGCAGCUUUCUCCCCAGUCCCUCUCCACAGCCAUCGCAGAGCCCAGCAGCUGCACGAACACCUCAGAACUUCAGUGUCCCAUCCCCAGGUCCUUUAAACACUCCAGGAAAUCCAAAUUCUGUCAUGAGUCCAGCCAGUUCUGGUCAGUCAGAGGAGCAACAGUAUCUGGAAAAACUCAAACAACUAUCCAAAUACAUUGAGCCACUCCGGAGGAUGAUCAAUAAAAUAGACAAAAAUGAAGAUCGGAAGAAGGACCUGAGUAAAAUGAAAAGUCUCUUGGAUAUCCUGACCGACCCUUCCAAACGGUGCCCCCUGAAGACGCUGCAGAAAUGUGAAAUUGCUCUGGAGAAGCUGAAAAAUGAUAUGGCUGUGCCUACUCCACCACCUCCCCCCGUGCCCCCUACCAAGCAGCAGUACCUGUGCCAGCCCCUGCUGGACGCUGUCCUGGCCAACAUCCGCUCGCCCGUGUUCAACCACUCCCUGUACCGCACCUUCAUGCCGGCCAUGACCGCCAUCCACGGGCAGCCCAUCACGGCCCCCAUUGCCUCCCCUCGGAAGCGGAAAUACGAAGAGGAUGAAAGACAGACCAUACCCAAUGUCUUACAAGGGGAAGUUGCAAGAUUAAAUCCUAAAUUCCUGGUGAACCUGGACCCUUCACACUGCAGUAAUAACGGCACAGUUCAUCUCAUAUGCAAGCUAGAUGACAAGAAUCUUCCAAAUGUGCCUCCACUCCAGCUGAGUGUUCCAGCAGACUAUCCAGACCAGAGCCCUCUGUGGAUAAAGAACCCCAGGCAGUAUGCAGCCAAUCCCUUUUUGCAGUCAGUGUAUCGAUACAUGACUUCCAAGCUCCUGCAGCUCCCAGACAAGCACUCGGUCACAGCCCUCCUGAACACGUGGGCACAGAGCAUUCGGCAGGCCUGUCUCUCUGCUGCCUGAGUCACCUCUGCAAUCGUGCAGCAGCUGCCUCUCCCACGAGCCACUGGAACAGCCCCCUGUGGGGAGGUUAUUCAGAAGAAGAAGCCUGAUGUUGUUCUGUUUCUAGGUUGUCAGGUUCGGUAGAGAACCUGAUGAUAGACUUAGCUUUCAUGCUUUCUGUCUUCUGCCUCUGUGGACUUUUGCCAGCAUUUUCAGAUAUACAAAAUGUGUAUAUAUGGUUCUCAAGACUGUAUUUAGGAUGAGUUUUUAUUGUCUUCUUAGAGAAGAAAUUAUUUGUGGACUUCCAUCAGGGAGUCUGGUAUAAAAGGGGUAGGGAAAAAUGUCCUAAUUUGCUUCAAAAUUUGCUCAGUGCCAGUAUUUCUUUCACACUGUUUGUUUUGUAACCUGAUACUGCCCCAGAAAUAAAUGAGCUGCAACUCAAAUGUGCUUGAAACUUCCCAGUGGGUGCAGGAAAUUUGACUAUUAGCUUUGCCCAGAGAUGAGAUAAAGCACAUGUCUCAAAUAUGUGAGAUAAAUCUGAAUAAUUACACUUGGGGGUGGAAAUGUGGAACUAAACAGAACAAAAAAAGGUUUUAUUUUAUAAAACCUUUUAUAGCUUAUUUUAAAUGCAACUUUGUGUAAACGGCUUUUGGUUAGCAAAAGAGUAAGGUUGAUGAGAAAAAAGAGAUACCAAUGUGUACACUAACUUCCUCUGUAAAUUCAGUAAAUGUGUACAGAAAGAUGGGGGGAAACCAACAGUACAAAGGCCAAGUGAUCAAAUCAGUCCAGCAGGUUUGUAGCUACAUUUCUUCUUUUAAGAGUCUUUCUGAGGCAUCUGGCUUCCAAUGGGAGUUAAUUCAGUGCUCUGAAAAUCUUUUUAUACUACUUCAGUUUGUUUCAACAAAAAAGGAAAAAAACAUCUCAGGAGUAGAACUGACAACUAAUCCAUUGUGCCUUGAACAGUGAUGGGCACUCAGGUCACUCAUCAGCUGCCCUAUUGGCACUUUGAAUGAAAACAUUCACCACAAGGAACUCUAGUUUAAUGAUUUUUUCAUAUUUCCCCAUCUGUCUGAGUUGCUCCUUCUUAAGUUCUGGUGCAGGAGAAUUUCAAGUAUCAGAUGUUCCAAUAAUGUCCUGCCCCAUCUCUCUCUGUGCUGUGCAGCAAACCUGAAGCGUAGCUGGGCUCUCUUACAGAAGUGUCAAGAAAUUGCUCUGAGCUCUGUAAAUCCACGUGGUGUCAUCACUUUUAGGAUGUUUUGGAAUGUGGGUAUUUGGUAAGCACUGACUGAGGCAGCAGAAUGCUGUCAGGAUUUUGUACAUGAGCUAAUGCAGUAUCUGUUUGUUUCUACUGUAAUAAAUUUAUUAUUAUUCCUGUG